AUGCGGGUGCUGGAAGGCUUGAACAGCGGCGCUAGCGGUGCUGAGUAUAUUCAUCCCCGUUUGGUGCCUUCAGAUCUUCUCUUCGAUGAGAAUACAAGGCUCGUGGAGUACACUCUCAAAGCACCCGUAUAUCGCAAUGGAGGGUUUGUUAGCGGGUGUUAUGCUAACAUUACCACCCAAAAAACCCCACACAAAGACGAUAAAAAAGCGUAUAAAAAUCAUAAGGAAGAAAGACGCGUCUUGUUGAAUAGCUCUUUCAGCCAUUCGAGGCAGUUGCUCAAUCACAGAGCCAUUCCACCCCACAGCGCUGAAAAUACACGCGUUUACGCUAACAACAGCGUCGAUUACUCAGCUUCUCUAGUAGAAGAUAGCCAAUUGGAUGAGAUAAACAGCGGGUUGUCGAGGCAGCGGAUAUACGCAGAGGAUUCAUUUGAGCUGGAUGAGAACAGCUAUGUAGAGGAUAGUGACGCGGAGGAGAGGAAUAGCAGCGAUAAUGAUGUACCCUAUAGCAACACAAUCACCUCGAUUAUAAAUAAAAUGUCGUCCUCUGCGCUAGAUCAGCCACCAACAUCUGCAGCGCCAUUGAAAAAGUUUAAAUUGGUGUUUCUAGGUGAACAAUCGGUUGGGAAAACAUCACUGAUAACAAGAUUCAUGUAUGAUACAUUCGAUAACACAUACCAAGCAACAAUAGGAAUAGACUUCUUAUCCAAGACAAUGUACUUGGAUGACAGGACUGUUAGAUUGCAGUUGUGGGAUACAGCAGGACAAGAAAGAUUCAGAUCACUUAUACCUUCAUAUAUUAGGGAUUCCUCAGUGGCAGUUGUUGUAUACGACGUGACGAACCAGAACAGCUACGAUAACACAUCCAAGUGGAUCGAAGAAGUUAGAGCUGAAAGGGGCGAUGACGUUAUCAUAGUUUUAGUCGGCAACAAAGUGGACUUGAGUGACGGCGAUAGAGUUGAUUCAGAUAAGGCAAAAGCUUAUUGCGAUGAGAAUGGCUUGAUGUUCAUUGAGACGUCGGCUAAGUCGGGGCAGAACGUCAAGCAGCUGUUCAAGAGGAUAGCCAUGGCAUUGCCGGCGAAUGAGGAGGACAAGAAGCAAGCCGCCAAUGUCAAGAUAAACGUGGAGAAUGAGGAAACUGACAAGAACCAAUCUAGCUGCGCUUGUUGA